AUGUUCAAUAAAUACAAAAAAUCAAUCAUCUUCUUCGUUCUUUCUACAUUACUAAUUGCUUCUUCGUGGUAUACCCUGACCAAUAACAGACAAUUCACAGCAAGCAAAACUUUAGUUUCUCCAACGACUACCUCACCAUCGAUAGAAAAACAAAGCAGAUGGAAAAAGAAUCAACUGGUUGUCAUACCUGCUAUCUGGAAAGAGAUCGACUGGGCCAAUCGUUCAUCAUGGCCUGCUUGGUUACAGAAAGGACUGGAGUCG